UACGGUGUGUGACAAGAAUCUAGAACAAUGAUUCUACAUGACACUCUUAUUUUCAUCACUGUCUUUUACAGCGUGACUACAGCCUCUGAAAAACCGUGCUGUACUAGCAAGAAAUUCUUUGGACAAAUAAAAGUUACAACUGGCUUGGUUAAAAAUGGCAUCCCAAGGUCGAUGGAGAACACGUUCCAGUUUGAUUACAAUGCAGACAUGCACAUGGAGAGGGCUAUAGGCCAUAUCUACGAUAGCUCUGACAGGUCAUCUCAGCAUUACAAAAUCUUCAAUGACUAUAGACAUGGUAAACGAUAUGGAUUCUACGGGAGUGACUCGACUACUUGUGUUGUCACACCUAUCGAUCCGGACGCACAACCCGUUAACUGUGUACCAGAUGAGCUGAAACAUGAAGGGACGCUGGCUGUCGGCUCCGGCAACAUGACGAUACAGGCGAACGCGUGGUCAGGAUAUGCUUCCAACAUGCACUGGAGAAUGCAAACUUCCGUCAGGGACUGUACUCCAAUAUCUCUCACCCGUUAUGGGAUUGAUACAGACGGUAUAUAUGCAAUAGAGAUAACGACGUAUUCGAAUAUCACACAAUAUCGACUAAGCAGUGCAGAUGCUUUAGUUAUCCCUGACGAAUGUAAACAUAGUGCAGUGGCAACUGGAAAGUGAUGAACCUCUCCUGUGUAUAUAUGCAUAUUUUUCGUCUGAAUAUAUUAGAUAAAUAUCUGUAAAUCCAUACUUAUUACAUCUUUGAAAGUGUU